AUGGAGGAGCUGAGCAGCGUGGGCGAGCAGGUCUUCGCCGCCGAGUGCAUCCUGAGCAAGCGGCUCCGCAAGGGCAAGCUGGAGUACCUGGUCAAGUGGCGCGGCUGGUCUUCCAAACAUAACAGCUGGGAGCCAGAGGAGAACAUCCUGGACCCGAGGCUGCUCCUGGCCUUCCAGAAGAAGGAACAGGAGAAGGAGGUGCAGAACCGGAAGAGAGGCAAGAGGCCCAGGGGCCGGCCGAGGAAGCACACGGUGAUGUCCUCCUGUAGCCGGCGCGCCAGGCUCAAGGAGCCUGACGCACCCUCCAAAUCCAAAUCCAGCAGCUCCUCGUCUUCGUCUACAUCAUCAUCCUCUUCCUCAGAUGAAGAGGAUGACAGUGACUUAGAUGCCAAGAGGGGCCCCCGGGGCCGUGAGACCCACCCAGUGCCUCAGAAAAAAGCACAGAUCCUGGUGGCUAAGCCUGAGCUGAAGGAUGCCAUCAGGAAGAAGCGGGGACGCAAGCCCCUGCCCCCGGAGCAGAAGGCGGCCCGGAGACCCGUGAGCCUGGCCAAGGUGCUUAAAGCCGCCCGCAAGGAUCUGGGGGCCCCAGCCAGCAAGCUGCCCCCUCCACUCAGCGCCCCCGUGGCGGGUCUGGCGGCCCUGAAGGCCCACGCUAAAGAGGCAUGCAGCAGCCCCAGCACCGGGGCCACCCCGGAGAACCUGGCCAGCCUGAUGAAAGGCAUGGCCAGCAGCCCCGGCCGGGGCGGCAUCAGCUGGCAGAGCUCCAUCGUACACUACAUGAACCGGAUGAGUCAGAACCAGGCCCAGGCUGCCAGCAGGCUGGCGCUGAAGGCCCAGGCCGCCAGCAAGUGCAGCCUCGGGCUGGACCUGAAGGUGAGGACGCAGAAAGGGGAUCUGGGGAUGAAUCCCCCUGGAAGCAAAGUCCCAAAGACCCCCAGCAGUGGGGCUGGGGAGCAGAAAGGGGGGAGCGCAGGGGCCCCCCUGCACGCCCAUGGCAGCAGCAAGGUCCCUGCCAACUGCCCAGGCCCCCAGCUGGCACCAACCCAAGAGCUGAGCCUCCAGGUCUUGGACUUACAGAGUGUCAAGAAUGGCAUGCCUGGGGUGGGCAUGCUCGCCCGCCAUGCCACCACCACCAAGGGUGUCCCUGCCACCAACCCAGCCACUGGGAAGGGCGCCGGGGGCAGUGGGGCCAGCAUACCUGCCGACACCAGCAAAAGUGAGAAGCUGGCGUCCAUGGUGGCAGCUUUGCCCACCCCUGCUGGCAAGAGGGACUCCCUGAAGGGCAGUGCUGUGCCCAGCGGGCAGGAGGGCCACGCAGCCCCAGGAGAGGUCCGCAAGGCAGCUGCUCUGUCAGAGAUGAGCACGGGCGAGGAGAACAGCAGCUCUGACUCAGACCCCGACUCAGCCUUGCUCCCCAGUGCUGGCCAGAACCUGUCGGUGUCUGUCCAGACCAGCCAGGACUGGAAGCCCACUCGCAGCCUCAUUGAGCACGUCUUUGUCACUGACGUUACUGCCAACCUCAUCACCGUUACAGUGAAGGAGUCCCCUACUAGCGUGGGCUUCUUCAACCUGAGACAUUACUGAAACCCUCGGCUGCCCUGACCCAGGGCCACCAGCUGCCCGGGUCUUACUCUUCCCUGGUCUCUGGUUUGGCUUUGAUAACUGACUUGCAGCCCACACCUUCUCAAGGGGCUGGGUCAGGUUGAGGAGUGGGUGGGCUCCUUUAUGGGCAGGCUUAGCACAGACUUCUUCAAGACUCUGCCCUGCCCUGGAGCUUGGCAGGGAGCUGUAUCUUAUCCUUGCUGGGGCCAUGCUUCCCCCAGGUUCCUACCUCUCUUGGCUUCCGUUUCACCUCAGGAAAUCUGGGUGGCCACCUGUGGCUCAGGCUGACCUUUUUGAAAAGAGCAGGUUUCUUAAGUAUGGCCAGUCCAGUACGUCUGCUUUGUCUGGACUGCCCCUGCUUGGUCUGCAUGACAGUGGCAGCUUUGCUCACAGGGGCACAGGUGGCAGAGGAGGGGGCUUCUCCAGGUCCAGCUUGACUUCUCCCCAGAGGUGCGGAGAGAAAGUUUACUGAUGGAGGAAGCAAGGCCCAGCAGGACUCCUCCAGGGAGGUAUCCACUGUGUCUCUCUGCCUGUCAACAUUUGUUAGGAAAUGGGGUCUGGGUGGAGCAGAGCUCCUCUCCUCAAGCAGUGCCUGGGCUGUGUGAUGUAGGGAUCCUGCCCUGACCACUGAGGGCUGGGGCCUUGAUGUAAAAGAACAGUUGCUGGCAGCCAAAAGGGGGCAAGAUCUGGAACCCUAGAGGCUGGCUUCAGCAUGAUCUCACCUAGUUUCAGAGUAACAUUCAUAUCCCCCAAGUGCUGGCCCAAAAGUCCAGAAUGAGGGGAGGGGGCUGGCCCCAGAGCUCAGUUGCACUUGAAGAGCCUCUGGGUUUGGGAUCAGAAGGAGCAGGAUGUCCCUGCUGCCUUCUGCCAGCCUGUGCCCCUGGGAGAAGUGACCUCGGUCCCCUUCCAAACCCAAACUUACCCCUGCCUGGGGCCCGCCAGAAUUCAGCCAAGUUUGGAGGGUCAAAGCUGCUGGGGCUCAGGGUGGGGAAGUAGGCACCACUACAGGCCCAGAGCUCUGGAUGAGAAUCACCAGAAGUAAAGGUGCUCAGGCCAAGAGGGAGUUUUUGUGAGCAGGCCCCUGGGUGGGCAAGCCUCCCUCCACUGGCUGGAAUUUGAUUUCUGGUUAUAAAGCACUGGCCCAGUUUGCGAGGCCCCUGAACUGCCCCAGGAGCCACUGCAGGUGGGAACACAGGCAGCUGGUCCACCUGCCGCCUGUUGUGUCCAGCCGGCCUGCAGACCUUGCUGCAGCUCCCACCCACCUUUGCUCCAUGUGUGGAGGGUCCUGUCCCAGAAAUGGGAGCCACGUUCCCUGACAAUCCCCCCCACACACCUUUAGCAAUAUACUGUUACCAUUUGGGGAGUGGGAUGAAGUCUGAACAGCCCACCUGCCAGAGGACCCCCAAAAGGCCAAAUCUGCCAGCCUUGGCCUUGAGACACUGUUCACCCCAACACCUGGAGAAAGAUGAACACUCAAGAUUUUGAGCUCCUUCCCCCAAGACUGCUGAGUCUCAGAGCCACUUUGCAUGAAACCUGACCAGUACCAGGACUUCUGAGACAUCAGCCUUGGGUAGAGGCUAGCUUAUGGGUGUACCAAGAGGUGGGAGCGGCUGGCAAAUCUGGUCUCUUGAGUCUUUGUGAUGCCAAAAAGAGAAAUCAGGGAGGGUGGGGCUGUAACUGUGUCUUCUAUUUGUUGGUUGAAGCCAGCCAGCAGAUGUGGGACUUUUUAUUCCAGCAGCGUUGGUUGCAGGGAGGUUGGUUUCCAAGGGGCAGUCCUGCCAGGCUGCAAGUCCCCCAUUUCCCUAGUACCUCAUAGUCCACGCCAAAUAGGAAGGGAUGGCCUCUGUGUAGCCAAAUUGAUCUUAAGUGUGCCUUUGGGGAUGGACCCACGUUCAUGACUAUGUUGAGGGCCAUCCAGAUGCUGCCUCCAGGGCUAGCACAUGUUCUACAGGCUGGCUGCAGUGGGACUGCUGCCCAUCUCAGCAGAGCAGAGGGCUGGGGGUCCCAGACAGCCAAGCUUGAGCUGGGGAGUGGGCAAUAAGAAUGGUUGGCCCCUGUGCUGCUGUGACGGGAGGGAGAAAUUCCAGCUCACUGCACAGCCUGAGAGGAAUGGGUCCCCACGCACUGGGCUCUGGCAGCAGCUUCCCUCCCUGUCCCCAGGCAGCCAGGCCUCCUCCCUGCCUCCCUCUUAAGAGGGGCUGACAUCCUCGAGUUUUGCAGCUCCUUUCACACCAAGUACUCUGUUGCCUUACAGGCUCUGAAGCCAGGCCAACAGCAGCUCUCCAAGCCCUUGGGGGUAACCCUGGGGUUCCAUAAGCUGUUGGAGAAAUAAGGCUGGCUGUCCCUGGCUGGCUGAGCUGAUUGUACUUGUCCCCAGCAGCCAGGUCUCUCCAAACCCUGAUUUGGUGCCUUUCUGUUUACCAGCUACUUCAAUCCCAAAGUCUGAAUCUGCGAACUCCUUUACUCCCAACCGCUUUGCCUUCUUGCUGCGUCCCUUGCGUUUCCUGGUGCUCAUGACCCCCAGCAGUUUGUGUCCAGCAGAGCUUGCGCACCCACAUGCAGGUGCCUGACCCUCUGCUGGAAAGCUGCACCAGAUGCUCAGUUGGUCGCCUUAU